CUCUCUCUGUCUCUCUCUCUCUCCAGAGUUAUCAGUCUCUCUCUCUCCAGAGGUAUCAGUCUCUCUCCAGUAUCAGUGUAUCUUCAGACUUACCCAGCAUCGUUGUCCGUCCUCUUCAGUACUUCGGAGAUGUGAGUAAGACUGUGUCUGAACUGAGAGAGAAACUAGAAGACUUCCUUAAAGGAGAAUGGACCAAGAUCUCCACUACAGUGAAUAUAGUGGAUGUUGUACUGCCUCCAGAGCCCAAGACCAGAGAACAGUUGUUACAAUAUUCCUGUCAUCUCACACUGGACCCAAACACAGCACACACAGACCUCUCUCUGUCUGAAGGGAACAGAAAGGUGACCUAUACAGACCAAGACCAACCAUAUCCUGACCAUCCAGACAGAUUCACCAACUGGAUUCAGGUUCUGUGUAGAGAGGGUCUGUCUGGACGCUGUUACUGGGAGGUGGAGUGGACUGGUGGUGUUGUUACAGCAGUCUCAUAUAAAGACAUCAGCAGAACAGAGAGAGGGACAGAUGGUGGAUUUGGAUUUAAUAACAAGUCCUGGAAUUUACUGUGCUCUAGUGGUGAUUAUUGGUUCAGACACAAUAAUGUUGAGACUAAAGUAUCAGGCCCUCAGUCCUCCAGAGUAGGAGUGUACCUGGAUCACAAGGCAGGUACUCUGUCCUUCUACAGUGUCUCUGACACAAUGACCCUCCUCCACAGAGUCCAGACCACAUUCACUCAGCCCCUCUAUCCUGGGUUUUAUCUCUAUGGUUAUAAUGAUACUGCUGAGCUGGUUAAACUGUAGUAGGCUCCACAUAGAUACUAGUCAUGCUGGUGUAGUCUAUAGCUGAGCUGGUUAAACUGUAGUAGGGUCCACAUAGAUAC